AUGACCGAGAGACGCAGGAGACGAACAGGCUGCCUCACCUGCAGAGCACGGCAUGUCAAGUGUGAUGAACGAAAACCCGAAUGCGAACGCUGCGAAGCUGGAAAUAUCGAAUGCGCAGGCUAUCUUCCGAAAAAGCAGGUAGAAGUGCGGGAGUCGCAACGCCGCGGACGUCGUGGUCGUCGAGGACAAUCUUCAUCUCUCAGCAACAUUGCUUCAACACCACCACAUUCUCUUCCAUCAGACGUUUCAUCACCUUCAUCAACUGGGGAGGUCGCCAAUUAUCCCCACCAACUGUUCCGCAGCGAUGGACUUCCACUUGUUGGUUUACCCAGCAACCCUCGUCCCUCCCAGAGGCCACUAGCAGGGGCUCGAGAAGUGCUUGCGUAUCACCAGUUCCUCUUUCGCACGCUGCCAAUUCUAUUUCCUGCGGAACACUUGUGGUUUUGGAGAGAUAGAUUAUGCGAAGAAGGAUGGGGAAUCGAAUACUUGUACAUGAUGUUUUCAUCGCUCGGCAGUAUGCAUCGUGCCGUGUUAAUGAUGUCGAUGCCGGGUGAAAGCGACCAGGAUCGCGGAGUAGACACGAAAGUGAUUGCCAUUCAAUCAUACACUCAUGCUCUUCAGGAGCUAAAUCGAAAUUUGGAAGAUGCAAAGAAGAUGCAAGAGGUUUUCAUUGCUACUCUUAUACUAAUGGCAUAUUUUGAGGUAACGAAGAAUAUCCGCAUCAAAAUUAUUUCGGAUUUUACAAUCUAA